UGAUAACAGGAAGAUGGCCGCCACGCUUCACCGUUUCAGUUGAACCUUCCCUCCUUCUAUUCUAACCUCCUUUGUUUGCUCCAGCUCUAUUGUACAGGAAUGGUCCAAAAAUGUAGUUUUGCAAUGGAAAUUUCUGUAGUAUGUUAACUGAUAAAAAUUUCCCUAACUUUCUAUACUUAUAUUUAAUGCUGAGUGUUUUAUCUAUAACAAGACGAGCUUGGUCAAGCAUGGCUUGUAGCGCUAGUGAUUCUUACCAAGGAGUAUUUUCAGUGUCAUAUGUAACUGCUCCCAGUGAUGAUGUUGCGAAAAAAUUAGCAGAAGGCUUGGUGAAAGGCAAACUUGCAGGUUGUGUUAAUAUUGUUCCUGGAAUUCAAAGCAUUUAUGAAUGGGAAGGUGAAGUUCAAAAGGAUUCUGAGGUUUUGAUGGUAAUCAAAACCAGGACUUCAAGGUUAGAUGAGAUGACUAAAUAUAUAAGAUCAAAUCAUAUGCACCAGAACUUUCUUAUGAACCUAGUAUGGCUGCCCACAUUUGAUUUUACGUCACAUCUCUUGGUCUUCUUCUAAGAAAAUCAUCCUUAUCAAGUAUGUGAGGUGAUAUCUACUCCUAUACAGCAUGGAAACCCUCAGUACUUAAAGUGGCUGGGAGAUAUUGUACCUGAAAAGAAAUAGAUGUUAAAGUUUUUUAUAAAUCAUAAAAUCCUGAUUUCAAGAAAGGUUAUGUAUUUGAGCAUUUGUUGACAUAAGUUUUGUAAAUGAAUGGAUUAAAAAAGUAAUAACUCAAAAAUCUCCAGAAGACAUUUUGUAGAUGCCCAAUUUAAAAAGCUGUAGUUUGAUAAAUGAAUUUUGUAUUAUCACUCUUUCAUUUGAGAAUAAAUGUUUGAAAUAAAAAUUAUAAUUCUGUAUUAA